AUGCCUGGCAUCAGUUCGUACCAUGGCUCCUAUCCUGAACAAGCUUCCCUCAGUGAUACAACUUCCGUCCCCGACCCCACUGCGUGGCAAGCGAAGCGCAUCGAGCGAAGCGCAUCGAGCACGAGGAUGAUGCGACACAUUGUUCCAAGUUGCCCGAUCUCCUUGACGUUCCUAGAAGAUUUUGCGAGGUGUUUCAAGGUGGAGGGGAAAGCUGCGGCUCGACCGAGACUCGGAACGCAACCUGCUAACUUGCCCCGAAUCUGUUUUGAGGAGCCACAAGGGUCUUUCAAUCGCGGUUUCAUUUUUGAGCUACGGCUAGGUCCUGGGGUGGAGAUGCUACUUGAGCUGCUUCUUGACGACGAUGAACCCGUCAGAUCUCGGUUCGGAGUUGUGGAAAUGCCCGUCGUGGUCCAACACACUCGAUGUCUUCGACGAUGCCACGACGCUAUACCGAGACGAGCUGGUUGCCGUUAUGAACUGGCUACAACGACGCAGAAUGGCAUAGCUGCCGAGGAGGGGGUCCGCUCAAUUGCAUACGAUGAUACCGGUACCAUGCCCGUGCUAGGCACAGAACUGUCCAACCUCGCCUUUGGUGCACUUGGCCACGAAUCACACCAUCCGGGGAGCCGAGAAGUGCAUCUUCAACGACAGACGGCUAGGCUUCAACGAUGGGCCACAAUGGCGGGGUCGGGCGUGUGGAACAAUCUGCAACAGCGUCGCUGGUCAGCUGCGGAAGUGACAGCGUUUACUAUUGGCAGAUGGGCCAAGCCGCCGCUUGAGUACGGACGAAGGGAUAGUCCACGGGCGGGGCAGUUUCUGACUUGCCUUCGUUGGUACAGUAAAAAUGCAGUGCCGGGAUGCAGCACGCGUGGACUCUGA